CGGCGAGCGUCGAGUUUCGACGAGCGACCUAUUUUCUUGCUUCUCCCAUCACGCUUUGGGCAGCGCCAGGCAGCGACAGCCGUGCUCAACCUGCUUUCCGCUCUUUAACUUGACCUUUCACCACCGCAAGCCCCCGUUGACGCGAGACACCCCCAGAGAUGGAUGACCCAGGGUUCCAUGCGCGGCGGCGCGCCGCUAAGCAAGACGAGUACUUGCGCCAGACGCAGCGCGGGUUGGACGGCCGCUUCACGCCCGUCGAGCAGAUCACGCCCAUGGACGAGAGCUUCAUCGGCGGAUUCCACCCCCACGUACCUGCCGGUCCCCCUGUCCCCGCUAAGGACGCGUACAGGCAGCGCGCCGCGAGCGACAGCAGGACGCAGACAUCGAUUGCGUCUAGCCAGCUCACGCACAUGUCGGCAGUUGAACGGUCCAAGGUCCUCCGUGUCGCGCGCAUGGAACCGCACCUGCAGUUCAUGGUGGGACCCUUGCUGAGAUACGACACCGUCGACGCGGAUGGGGUAUGGCAUGGUGCCGCGAUGAUAGUCACCGCUGACUCUGGCUCAAUAUAUGAGCCGUACCCAAUCCUGACAUACGAAUGGGAUCCCGAAGUGAUUGCACCUGCCUCACCACGUAGGAAGCACCACAGGGGAGGUGCCAACCUGUCACUCGACCUGGGACCCCAUCCUGCCGAUCCUCAUUCUGCCUCCAUACCGACCCGGACAGCCAGCGGUCUGCCUGAGAACGGUCACGGCUAUUCCUCGAAAAUAGUCCAGGAAUCAGCAGGUCAGGAAAUCCACGUACAUGGUAGCGACGGCGGGACAUUCACGUUCUGGCGGUUUAUGCUUCAUGUUCCUCUCAGCGACCACCAGAUGGUGAUCACAUACACCAUCAACCGUGGGCAGCCGUUACAUUUCUAUGUACCAGGCCGGAAUCAAAACAUGCGCAUGGCCGCCUACUCUUGUAACGGCUUCUCUGCCGGUGUCAACCCAGACGAUUUCCGCGGACCCGGCUUCAAGUCAGGCUACGACCCAGUCUGGGUAGACUUACUGAACAAACACCAUGAAGAGCCCUUCCACGUCCUCAUGGGUGGUGGUGAUCAGAUAUACUGCGAUUCUCUCACGCGCGAGCCCGAAUUGCAGGACUGGGUCACCAAGACAAAGCCCGAAGAGCGCAAGGCGUACCCUCUGACGGACGAGAUCCGCGAAGCUAUUGAUCGCUUCUUCUUCAACCACUACUGCCAGCAGUUCCGUAGUGGCGCCUUUGCGCGUGCAAAUUGCUCGAUCCCUAUGUUGAACAUGUGCGACGAUCACGAUCUCAUCGACGGCUUUGGUAGCUACCCCGACGACCUGCAAAGGGCACCCGUCUUCCAGACAAUCGGCGCCCGCGGCUUCUUCUACUACCUCCUCUUCCAGCAGUUCAUCAAUCCCGAAGUCGACGGCCUUGAUGACAGGCCCGGCGCCCACGUUACCCGCUCCAUCAUCUUUGGCGAGCAGGGGCCUUACAUCCCGUACCCCUCCCACAGCUUCCUCAGCUGGCUUGGACCGCAGAUCCAGGUUCUUAUGUUGGAUUGCCGCGCGGAGCGGAAGAAGGACCGGGUAUGCAGCCAGACAGAGUACGCGAAAGUGUUCGAGAGACUGCAGAACAUCCCACCUACGACGGAGCAUGUUAUCGUGCAAUUGGGCAUCCCAAUUGCGUACCCGCGUAUGGUCUUCCUGGAGAGCGCCCUCGAGUCGAAGUACAACCCGCUCACCAUCCUGGGACGGAACGGUUCCAUGGGCCUUACUGGCUUCGUGAACAAGUUCAACGCGGACGCAGAGCUCCUCGAUGACCUGAAUGACCACUGGACCGCGACUUCCCACAAGAAAGAGCGCAACUGGCUCAUUGAGCAGCUGCAAAAGAUCGCCAUCGAGAAGCGUGUCCGGAUUUCGUUCGUCUCCGGGGACGUGCACUGCGCGGCCGUUGGCGCGUUCAAGACGCUGAAGGGCAAGAACUCGAAGGCGCUGCCGCCGCUUGCGGACCCGAAGUUCAUGCUCAAUGUGACGUCGAGUGCCAUCGUAAAUACGCCUCCACCUGCUGCUGUCAUCCGCCUGGUCUCUUCCUUGGCUUCGAAGACGCACAAGACGCUGCACUAUGCCGAGACAGACGAGACUAUGGUACCCCUCUUUGAACGCGAGCCCGACGGCAGCAGCCGCGGCCAGCGCUACAUCAUGGGCCGGCGGAACUACUGCGAGAUCGACUGGGACAGGUCCUCUGGAGACGUCAUUUUCGACGUCCGCAUCGAGAAGGAGAAGGGUGUAGGGCAGACCGUUGGCUAUACCGUCCGCGCGCCGCCGCCACGGUGGUAAGCCGCGCACCAUUUCGUGACCUGGUCAAGCAACUCUCGGCAUCUCGCGUCAACGUCCUUGCGCACCCCUUUCACCGUAGUGUAGUUAUUUAUCUCGCGUGCAGAAUCCCGCAAUCCGUCCCACUCGUUCUCUGUCCCUUUUAGCAGGUUGCCCAGCCUGUCUUAGCCGUGACGGCUGCCUUGCUACUCGUUCACUGUCCACCUCCCUCACGGCUCCUUCGUCCACCGUCAUCAUGGGUGCCCCAUUAGUACCCAUGCAUCUUCGCAAUACCCUUGUGCGUCCGCGCAUUUAUCUUACCUUAGUACACCGCUUAGUUCUGUAGCGCUAUCUCUUCUACACCUCGGAUUUAUGACAUCUGUUCAUGUUACAAUGCGCGGGGGAGGAACGCAUGAGCGCGUAGUUGGCGUUGGAUGCGCCUGCGAUUAGCCGAGAGUUCUCACAAUGUCACUGUCGCUUUGAAUCCA